CGUUUACAAGCGCUACUUGCAAUUGAAUUCGGCGACAAGUGUCGCGAAUAUAUAUAUAUUUUUUAAUAAUUCUGGCUAUCAGCGCUGAUCAGCACUUGUGCGCGAUCAUGGCUUUCGUAUUUAGUAGCUCUGGGACUAUACAGAAAUUACAAAGGUUCUUCCACAGAGCUUAUUCAGAUGCCAAAUAUCCACAAAUUACAACUCAUUACACAGUAAUACCCAGAGAGACAGAUUCAAGAUGGAAAGAUGUAAAUAUGGAGAGAUAUGUGGAUGAAACCGACAUUCUAAUUGUUGGUGGUGGUCCAGCUGGAUUAUCAGCAGCUAUUCAAGCUCGUAGAUUGGCAGAGAAGCAUGGCAAGGAACUCAGAGUUACUCUUGUUGAAAAAGCAUCUACAAUCGGUGGACAUAUUCUUAGUGGUGCCUGUUUGGAUCCAAUUGCAUUGAACGAACUCUUUCCAAAUUGGAAAGAAUUAGGUGCACCACUAAAUACUCCUGUUACGGAAGACAAAUUUGCUUUUCUUACGGAAAAUAAAAGAAUAUCUAUACCUAUUUUUAAAGGAAUGCCAAUGUAUAAUCAUGGAAAUUAUAUAGUAAGAUUAGGACAUGUUGUGGCAUGGCUUGGCGAACAAGCAGAAGCUACUGGUGUCGAAAUGUAUCCUGGUUAUGCUGCGUCAGAAGUUUUAUAUUAUGAGGAUGGAUCUGUCAAAGGAGUGGCCACAAAUGAUGUUGGUAUUGCUAAAGAUGGUUCACCUAAAGAUACAUUCGAACGGGGCAUGGAACUUCAUGCAAAGUGUACCAUAUUUGCAGAAGGCUGUCAUGGCCAUUUAACAAAACAAUUGUCAAAAAAAUUGAAUCUUAGGAAAGAUUGUGAGCCACAAACAUAUGGCAUUGGAUUAAAAGAGGUUUGGGAGAUAGAACCAAGCAAACAUAGACCUGGAGCAGUUGAACAUACAGUUGGCUGGCCGCUUAAUAGAAAUACAUAUGGUGGAUCAUUUUUAUAUCAUUUGAAUGAAGAAAUACCUCUAGUUGCUGUAGGCUUUGUUGUAGGAUUGGAUUAUACCAAUCCCUAUCUGUCUCCAUUUAAAGAAUUUCAGAGAUUUAAACAACAUCCUAGCAUUAGACCAACAUUUGAAGGAGGAAAAAGAAUAGCUUAUGGCGCUAGAGCAUUAGUAGAAGGUGGAUUCCAAUCCAUCCCCAAACUUCAAUUUCCUGGUGGUUGCCUUGUUGGAUGUACAGCAGGUUUUCUAAAUGUGCCCAAAAUUAAAGGAACGCAUAACGCUAUGAAAAGUGGCAUGUUGGCUGCAGAAAGCGUUGUUGAAGCAAUCAUAGAUGCAGAAAAUAAUACCUCAUCGACAAAAGGCUUAGAACCGAAAACAUAUGCAGAUAAAAUAAAAAAUAGUUGGAUUUAUAAGGAACUAAAAGCUGUAAGAAACAUGAGGCCUAGUUUCCACUCUUCUCUUGGACUUUAUGGUGGUUUGAUCUAUUCAGGAUUUUCCAUGUUAGUAGGUGGAAAGGAACCGUGGACUUUUUCCCAUGGAGGACCUGAUUAUAAGAAGCUGAAAUCUGCAGCUAAGUCGACGCCCAUAGAAUAUCCUAAACCAGACAAUGAAAUAUCCUUUGAUCUUCUGUCAUCAGUGGCUCUAACUGGUACCAAUCAUGAAGCUGAUCAACCAGCCCAUUUAACUUUGAUGGAUGAUACCAUUCCAGUAAAAAGGAAUCUAGCUGAAUUUGCAGGUCCGGAAGGGAGAUUUUGUCCUGCAGGUGUUUACGAAUUCGUACCGUUGGAAAGCGGAGACGGCGAAAGAUUACAGAUCAAUGCGCAGAAUUGUAUUCAUUGUAAGACUUGCGACAUCAAGGAUCCGAGCCAGAACAUCAAUUGGGUUGUGCCCGAGGGUGGCGGUGGGCCAGCUUACAACGGCAUGUAAAUUUAGUCGAUUAAUUCGUUGAACGCAUUUAAAUGUGCAAUGUUCGAUAAUUAUUUCAUUGCCGAAUAUUGGCUUUAUAUUCUGUUCGACGAAGCACAGAUACAUCAUGGCAAUCGUAAUUAUGUUUUCAAUCCUGUAAAUAUAAUUGGGUAUUUUUAAUGAUUAUAUGCAACGAGUUUUCUGGAUUUCGUGCGUUACAGUGAUACAAUUAUUGAAUAUAUUGCACAAAUAGUGUAAUUAUUUCUGAUUCGAACGCAUUAAUAUGAUUAUGGAUUAAUUUGGGAUUAAUUCGAUAAAGAGAUGGGCAAUUAAUUUUUUUAUCAUGUGUACAUACACACGUCAAUUUCGUAAAUGUAUAUAUAAAAUUCUUCGUCCAUCGCCGGGCGGUUUAUAAGAUUUAUCUUGUUGGGAUAAUAUUCAUUGAAUCGUUGAACAGAUUGGGAAACAUCAUGUGAUAUGCUAAUUUGAUAAGAAAUCUAUGUGUUCUCUUUCGAGAUCUGUUUGCAAUACAUUUUUACAUUGAAAAUAGGAAAAAUAAAGUGUUCUCGAAUGCAAAGAGAAUUUGUAUAACAA